AUGCGCCACAGCCUCACCCAGCUGCUGGCGGCCUCCUCCGGCGGAGCGAGCCCCUCGGGCGCCGUCUGGCCGCUAGCCGGCGCGGGGCAGGCCCCGAGAGGGCGGGAUGGCGGCGGGGAAGGGGAUCCGGGCCCCGCGCGGCCCAAACAACAGCAGCCGCCGCGGCGGGAGGCGGGCGCCUUGGAGCCGCGGCGGCAGGAGAAGGAACCGGAGGCGCCCGGUGGCCCGCUGGAGGUGUGGGAGCAAGAGGACUGGUUCCCGGGGCUGGAGCUGGGAGACCUGCUGGAGGCGGCCCGGCCGGACUGGGACCUGGACGCGGAGCUGAGCGGCUGCUUCUAUGGGGAACCGGAGCCGCUGCCCCCGCCGGGCCAGGGCCAGAGGCCGGCGGCGCCCGGGCGGAGGAACGGCGGGGCUGGGAGCCGGCUGAAGGCGGCGGCGGCGGCGCGGCUGAACCGGCUGAAGAAGAAGCAGUACGUGCUGGGGCUGGAGAGCCGCCUCCAGGGCCUGGCUGCUGAGAACCGGCAGCUGCGGGACCGCAACCGCGGCCUCAGCCGCCGCCUGCGAGAGCUGGAGCGGGAGAGCAGCUACCUGCGGGCCGUGCUGGCGAACCAGAGCGCUCUAGGGCAGCUCCUGAGCCGCUUAGCCGGGAUCCGCGCCGGCGGGCUGCAGCUCAGCACCAGCCUCUUCAGGGACACGGGCAGCCCCCGCCGCCAUCACCACCACCUCCAGCCUGCCGGCGAGAGCAGCGACCACGACUACGCCCUGCCCAGCUCCCGGCCUCCCAGCCUGGAGGAGGCGGCGGUGGUGACGGAGACGGAGGAGGAGUGGGCGGCCCCCGGCGGGAUCUGCCUCCACGUGGACCGGGAUCAGGUGUCGGUGGAGUUCUGCUCCAUCUGUGCUCGGCGAGCAGCGGCCUCCUUCAAAAUUUUCUCUUUUAGGUGCUUGCCCUGCCAGGCUCCGUUGUGUAGGGGUUAAAGAACAGUCGUUUUCCACCUCGCAACCUGUGGAUUCAGCUGUGUUGGGGCAGAAGAGACGGGACCAGCUGCUGGCCACAUUUCCUGCUUUAUUUUAAAAGGGGUCAGGGACGUAGUUCUGGUCUCUGUUGUGAACCUGCACAUCGCUCUAGUCAUGAAACUACCUGUGAGCUGUGUCUGAGAGUAGCUGAUUUUCUGACAUGCAAAAUGAUGUAUACCGGUACAAGAACAAGGUCAAGUCCCAAGAAAGUAAGUGGCUGCAGGCAUUUCUAGUGCCUACUGAAUCAUAUUUAAACCAAAUAGUGGGGAGGAAGUUCUUUGAAACUCUAACCGACUGUACUAUCUGUAUGGUGUAUUAUUAAUGUAGCUUUUUGAAGUGGAAGCCUUGAAAUGACAUAACUUAAUACUUGAAAAUAUAUUGUAAAUGUUUCUUUGUAAUUAUGUGCCAUCCAGAUAAGAAUACAAUAUCAUAAUAAAAUCAGACUUGUUGAUCUUUCAA